AUGACUGACGCAGCCGUAGCUCCCGUUCACAAAUCACCCAAGAAGAAGACCUCAGCCAAGCCUAAGGUGCCAGCUGCUCACCCGAAAUAUGUAGAUAUGAUCAAGGCUGCAGUCGCUUCCUUGAAGGAAAGGGGCGGCUCCUCCAGACAAGCCAUUUUGAAGUUCAUCAAUUCAGCAGCAUUUCGUCUACUUGGGGUGGAAUUUUCCCAGCUCCAGUGUCUCUUGGCUGUCUCCGUAGCGCAGCGGAUAGCGCGCUGGACUUCUAAUCCAGAGGUCGCGGGUUCGAAUCCCGCCGGAGAUGAAAUUCAGAGAAUAUCUCUGUAA